CACUGAUGGAUUUCUGAUUCUCAUCGGGUACAAACAAAUUUCCAGAGAAACUUCAUUUCACUGAAAAAAAAAAAAAAAAAAAAAAGAAGAAGAAGAAGCAAACUCAACGAACAGAAGAAUUUUUAUCAAUCUAUCGUAAAAACCAGAGACCAAGAAGAAGAAAAUACAACCACAACAGAGAAGAAAAGAGCUAGAGUUUCGUGACAUAAACGUGAUUCUUGGUUGUUGGUGCUUGUCUGCUGAUUAUUCUGAGAGAAAUCGAAAGAUGGCUAUUCUGGAUCAAGCUCCUAAGAUGGCUUCUCUGCCUCUGAAUUAUUCUCGGAAGAGGAAGUCAAGGAGUAGAAGGGACGGAACAAAGAAUGUAGCAGAGACACUAGCUAAAUGGAAGGAGUACAAUCAGAAACUACAUACCGUUGAUGAAGAAGGGAAGCCAGUGCGUAAAGUUCCUGCUAAAGGUUCAAAGAAAGGGUGUAUGAAAGGUAAAGGAGGACCCGAUAAUUCGCGUUGUAAUUACAGAGGUGUUAGGCAGAGGACGUGGGGUAAAUGGGUUGCUGAGAUUAGGGAACCUAACAGAGGCAGUAGGCUUUGGUUAGGUACAUUUGGUACAGCGAUCGAAGCUGCUUUAGCGUAUGAUGAAGCUGCACGAGCUAUGUAUGGUCCUUGCGCGAGGCUAAAUCUUCCAAACUACCCUUCGUCACGGGAGUCUUCUAGGGAUGAUUCUUCGUGGGCAACUACAUCUACGUCUGAUUCCACUGUUGGUUCAAGUUUCUCCGAGGUUGAUGAAAUGAAAGGUACUGCUCAGACAAAAUGUGAAGACGGAGAUGGUGAAUCGAGGAUUGAUGGUGCAACAACUGCAUUCCAUGAAGCUGGCACACCAUUGAGUUCAGUGAAAGAGGAAGCAAAGGACAUUGUUGAAGCUAAAGAGGAACCGAGAAGUAUUGAUCAAGAUAUGCUCACGUCUGGACGGGAUUAUCUAGACAACUUAAAUUGGGAUGAGAUGUUUGAUGUAGACGAGCUACUGGGCAUGUUAGAUUCUUAUCCGGUUAAUGCUCCAGCUCCAGCUCCAGUUUCUACUGAAGACUUCGGUUCAGUUGGAAAGCAAUAUGCCUAUAACAACAACCUGGUGUCGAAUUCACCAUUUCAGCUGCAGAAUGCGGAGCGUCAGCCACUGGGAGAUACAAAGCAAAUCGAGCAGGAGGCGCAUAUGGCAGUUGAUUAUGGCUUUGAUUUUCUGAAACCAGGCCGGCAGGAAGAUCUCAAUUUCAGUUUGGAUGACCUUGCACUCAUAUCUGAGUUUGGAGUUUGA